CCUCUCCAAGAAUGACCUUUAUCCAAAUCCAAAGCCUGAAGUCUUGUAUAUGAUCUACAUGAGGGCCUUACAGAUAGUCUAUGGCAUUCGAUUGGAGCAUUUUUACAUGUGAAGUCCUGAGGGCAUCCUCUGAAGAUGCUCUGACAAUGUCAGAGUCUUUGGAGUCUCAUCAACAUGAAAGUUAUCUGUUGUUUAAAAAUCAAAGACAUUUUAAAUGAACAAAAGAUGGCUCACUUCAUUUUUGUUUUUGUACAACUAGCGUUUUGCACACUAGCUCAGCUCCACAACCCACCUGUUCUUUUUUUAUUUGACAUUGUUCACACACACUAGUACAUAUUACAGUAAGAGUGCUGGAUAAAAACAUGAGAUGCCCGUGAACACUGAAGUUAUGUAUCCACAUAUAAUGGAAGGCUUUUUACCAGUUAGCAACUUAUUCAUUCAUCUGGAUUCAUUUCUGCCCAUCUGCCGGGUGAAUGACUUUGAGAUUGCUGAUAUUCUGUAUCCAAAAGCAAAACGGACCAGUCGGUUUUUAAGUGGCAUUAUCAACUUUAUUCACUUCAGAGAAGCAUGCCGUGAGACUUACAUGGAAUUUCUUUGGCAAUAUAAAUCCUCUGUGGACAAAAUGCAGCAGCUGAGCAUUGCACACCAGGAGGCACUGCUGAAAAUGGAGAGGCUCGAUUCUGUUCCAGUUGAAGAGCAAGAAGAGUUCAAGCAACUUACUGAUGAUAUUCAGGAGCUACAGCAAUCAUUGAAUCAGGAAUUUCGUCAAAAAACGAUAGUGCUGCAGGAGGGAAGUUCCCACAAGAAAUCAGAUAUCUCAGAGAAGACCAAACGAUUGAAUGAACUAAAAUUGUCAGUGGUUUCUUUGAAAGAAGUACAAGAAAGUGUAAAAACUAAAAUUGUGGAUUCUCCAGAGAAGGUAAAAAAUUAUAAAGAAAAAAUGAAAGAUACAGUCCAGAAACUUAAGAAUUCCAGGCAAGAAGUAAUGGAGAAGUAUGAAAUCUAUAGAGACUCAGUAGACUGCCUGCCUUCAUGCCAGCUGGAGGUACAGUUGUAUCAGAAGAAAAUACAGGAACUUGCAGACAAUAAGGACAAGCUGACCAGUGCCUUGAAGGAGAGUCGGAACUUAGAGGACCAAAUUGAGAAUGAUGAAUCUGAACUAAAGAAAUUGAAGGCUGAAGAAAAUUCACUCAGAAGACUGCUGAUUGUGAAGAAGGAAAAACUGGCCACUGCACAGUUCAAAAUAAAUAAGAAACAUGAGGACAUCAAACAAUACAAACGAGCAGUAAUUGAGGAUUGCAAUAAAGUCCAAGAAAAAAGAAGUGCUGUCUGUGAGCAAUUAACCACAAUUAAUCAAGAAAUCCAAGAGAUUAAAUUUGGAAUUCAGCAAAUAAAAGAUGCCACCGAAAGGGAGAAACUGAAGUCCCAUGAAAUAUCCCUCAACUUGAGGACUACCUUGGACAAGUACCAUAAAGGCAUUGAGAAGGCAGCGGAGGAGUGCCAUGCGAGAAUAGAAGAGAGGGCCACGGAGCUGAAGGGGAGAAUGUUCCGAAUGUCCACCUGACCACGCAGCUGCCUCUUGUAGAUGGCUUACCAUCUUUUAAUUUCUUCAAAGGGUGUAGUUAAGUUGAAACUAGUGGGAAUAUCAGAAAUAACAAAUAAAGUUCCUUCAAGCAGCUUUUA